ACCAAACAUGGACUGUGUAUCUGAACAACUCAAACACAGACAAGAUACAUCACAUCAAGCUGUAUCUACGUCAGGACUUCCAAGACCGAAACAAUGGCAUGAAGAUAUAUGUUGGUGGACAGCUGUGCUUCCAGUGGUCAAGGAAUACCCAUCCGCAGCUGUAGCUGAUGUCAAAUGUCAACAAGCACUGGCAGGAAACAACCUCACCAUACAGACAAACAGUUUUCUCACGUUGUGCGAGGUACAGAUAUUUGUUUGUAGUGACGGCUGGUUUGGCGAGGACUGUGACAAACAGUGUCACUGUUCACUAAACACAGAAGUAUGUGACAAGAUCACUGACAGUGUAUGA